UUUACGUCCAUUUACGGAUAUAACAUGGUCAAAAGUGAGUGACGGUGUUGAAAUAUGGAAAGAACUAGAUGGUAUUGAAAGAUCUAUAGCUGAGAAAGUCCCCACAGUGUCUAAAAGCACAGCCAAGUUCCAUCUAAAAUGUUACCAAAAGUUUACGGACAAGACUCGCAUUGAGAGGGCUUUGAAACGGAAAGACUAGGGUUGUUGGCGUAAAAGUAGGAUAGAUGCUCCUGCUAAAAACGUAAACCAAUCUUGAGAUCUGAUUACGAAUCCCAUCCUUCUAGUAAAAGAAGAUCGAUUCAUGUAUUGCCCCAACAGUGUCUCAUUUGCAGAAAAGUAAAGUAUACAAAAGACAGGGACCAUAAAAGGCAAAUUGAGAGACUUAUUACAUGUGAGACAAAUGCUGAAAAACUUCUUGAAGCAGCAAGGCGUCAAAAUGAUGAGAGACUAUUGUUACAGGUUGAAAAUUCUGAUACAGUCUCUAUAGAAGUGAGGUACCACCCUUCUUGUUAUAAACAAUACACAAAAUGUUUUUUUACAAGGUGGCUAAGGUUGACUGUGAUAACAACUCAUUUGAUAUUUUCUGUAGAGAUGUGAUUCAACGUAGAAUCAUCUCAGGUGGGGAAGUGAUGAAGAUCAGUACAUUAACUAAGUUAUACAUCAAAACUGUAAUGGACAGAGAUGCAGUUUAUAUUGAUAACUACAGAAAUUUCCAACUCAAAAAUCGUCUUAUGAAAAGAUAUCCUCAGCUACAAUUCUUUCAACCAACUUCAACAUCAUAUGAAAUUGUGUUUCACCAAAAUGAAGAUGACCUAGCUUUCCUCAUCAACACUAGUACUCUUGAUUCAGAGUCAGAGACUGAUUGUUUAUCAGAGAUGGAAACAGAACUAGAGGAAAUUCAUACUGGUGAUAAAGUCGAUGAUCGGGAUUCAUUUGCUCAGUUAUACAGAGCUGCACUUAUAGUGAGAUCUGCCAUUGGUGAAACCCAAGGAAUGACAGUUUGGCCUCCUAAUGCAGAAAACUUGUCAGUCAGUGAUUGUGUUGAUGUUAUUUCACCAAUUUUGCAUAAUUUUAUUGCCUGGUGUUGUGGACUUAGUGACACUUUCAGCAAAGAAAGAGUACACGUGAAAGACGAUGAUAUGCAGAAGGUUCUUUCGAUUGCGCAGGAUAUCAUUUCACUUUCCAGUAAAGGGAGAAAACUAAUGCCUAAACAUCUUGCUUUAGGGAUGACAAUUCGUCAUUUAACAGGAUCUGCAAAACUACAUCAUUUGCUUAACUCUUUUGGACAUUGUGUUUCGCACUCGGUCACGCUGGAACAUGACACAGCUCUGGCAACACAAGCUACAACGUGGUACUGAGGUUCCUCGAGGAUUUCACUCUAAUGUGUUCACAACUCUUGUUUGUGACAACAACGAUUUUGGGGAAGAGACGCUAUCAGGAUAUCACCAAGCUGAUUCAGGAAAAGGGACAGCUCACAACACAAAAGGAGUCAUUAUUCAGCGUUCUGAAACUGAUGUCACAGCUGUUUCAAUGGAGACAUCAUCAGUCCAGAGGGAUAGAAAAAGAACCAUCGAUUCACACUUGGAGGAGAUAAGCCAAUACUAUGGUUCUAAGCGAACAGGCCCAGUUCAAUUUAAAGGACAAAACCAAGAACUGGAAGGCAGGCCAGAAGUACAAGAACCUUUCAAGUCAAUUGACCAAUCACUCCACUUCGCAAAGUUCAUCCAGACUGAUGAUCCACUUCCAGGAUGGACUGGUUGCAAUCAACUUCUCCAGUCAGAUGCCAAAGCACCCAGCAAAAUAGGGCAUCUGCCAGUCAUCGACGCAAGUCCAACUGAUAAGUCUACUGUGAAUGCUAUUCUUGAAAGAAGUCUUUCCAUAGCUGAUAAAUUGAAUCUUCAAUGUGUUGCUGUUGUCAUGGAUCAAGCCAUCUACGCCAAAGCUCAGGAAAUCAGGUGGCAAGGUUGAUCAGAAUUCAGAAAUCGGCUGGUUCUUCGCUUAGGGGAGUUUCAUACAACAAUGGCAUUUCUUGGUGCAAUUGGAAAGCGUUUUGAAAAUUACGGAUUAACAGAUAUCGCUAUUGAGUCUGGACUCAUUGCUGAGGGAUCCAUUAAAGGAGUUAAUGAUGAGUGGGCAUUAUUAUAACCGCAGUUUGCGUUGUCAUAAAGUAAUCAGUGAAGCUCUUCAUCGUCUGAGAAUUCAAGAGUAUGUUGAUCAGCUUGAGGCGCCAGAGUAUGACAAAGCAGUGAAAGCAAUGAAAGAUAUCUAUAACAGUUUUCCAUCCCAGUUUUCGGAAACUCUUAAUUCAGAGAGUUCAGCUCAGCUUCUAAAGACGUUCCAGCAGCAUAUUCAAGUCAUGUAUGCUUUCUGGUCAUCCUACCUGGAUAUGGUUGAUCUUCUUUUGCUCUUCCUGAGAGGAACCAGAGAGGGUAAUUGAGAACUUCACUUGUCAUCUGUUCGCGCCAUGAUUCCUUGGUUCUUUGCAUAUGGCAGGAUCAAUUACUCAAGGUACCUUCCCUGUUACUACAUGGAGAUGAAAGCACUUCAAAACACACAUCCCUUUGUUCAUGACGGAUUGGCUGAUGGUGAAUUUGCUGUACAGAGACCCAAUAGCCCUGCCUUUUCCAUGACAGCUUGUGAUCAAAUUAUUGAACAAACCUUCAACCGUGACUCGAAGACAAGGGGAGGCCUUACAGGUAUUACCUUGAACAAAGGAGCCGUCAGAAGAUGGAUUCUUAGUCACCCUGCUCGAGCUGGCAUUGCUAAUGCUUGCUAUUCCAUGUCAAUCUCUGACCCUGACAGUGCAUCUGUUAGCAAGGAACUAAGCUCAUCAAGAAUAAAAACUGAUGAACAAUCUGUUCAAGAUGUUAUGACCACUGUCACAUGCUUUGCCAAUCCUUUCAACAUUGAAGAGGAGAAAGAGCUGGUGAACAUAUGCUCAGGAAAGGUUGCACCAGAGACAGUAACAUCAGAUUUGUCAACAGCUUACACACGGGGUGAAGAAUGUUUUAAAGAUUUUGUGAGUCAGCGAUUGGUUGAAGGGACAAAGGAUGUCUUUGACAAGCUUACACUUCCAACCAGCAAAACCUUUUCAGAUCUUAGUAGGAGAGAGAAAUCAAAGGGAAAUGAAUCUUCAUUGAUGAAAGAGAGACGCCAACUACUUACAAGAAUGGUAAUAAUUGCACAAGAGAAAGGUCUAGACCUCCAGCAAGUAAUGAGGUAUCAGCUGUCGUCAGUACCCCCAUCUCUUGCAAAUCCUGAUGGUUCUCUGGUGAAGACCAACAAGGCAACACUCGUGAAUCAGGUAGAGAAGCUCAUGCCUUCUGGUCCUCUGCCAAAAGAAAACAUCCCAUCUAACACUGUACUUAUUGUUGACGGAAUGGCGCUUAUUCAGCAACAACGUCAAAUCCCAGAGACCUUUGGAGACUUUGCAUGCAUCAUUUUGAAGAAACGAGUUUCUAUGGGACUCAAACACAAAGCCAAAAGAGUGGACUUUGUUGCUGACCGAUACCAAGCAAAUUCCAUCAAACAAUUUGAGAGAUCGAAAAGAGCAAACCUAGGUGAAACCAAGGUUCGCAUUAACAGGAAAGACCAGAAGAUGCCAAAACAGUUCAAGAAAUACCUUGCCAAUGGUGAUAUCAAAGAAGGUCUGCUGUUAUUCCUUGUUAAUGAAUGGAAAGAAAUUGAUUGUGACCUAUCUGGAAUUGAGAUUUAUGCCACUCAAGGGGAUUUCUGCUGCAAAAUAUCUCGAACAGAAGGAGACUCUCUCAAUGUAGAAGAUAUUCCUGAGCUUCUCUGUGACCAAGAGGAAGCAGACACGCGUAUGUUCUUGCAUGCAUUGCAUGCAUGAACAUCAAGUACAGAAAACCCUUAAAUUAUCAUUCGAUCAGUUGUUACAGAUGUGUUCAUUCUAGCAGUGUGGGUUUCAUGAAUGAUCUCAUCUCGCCUUAUUAUGCAGCUGCUAUCUCCUGGAAAUUCGAGAUAUGUUGACAUGACAGCCAUGAAUGAGGUUUUGGGGGACACAGGAGAGGCCUUGAUUGGUCUCCAUACAUUCACAGGAUGUGACAGUGUCAGUGCCUUUCGUGGAAAGGGAAAGGCAAAAGCUCUAAAGCUCCUGUUGACUAAUUCACACUACAUAUCAGUGUUCACUGAACUCGGUCAAGAGUGGAAUGUCUCAAGCACCCUACAUCAGCAACUGGAGCAGUUUGUAUGUGACUUAUACGGCUUGAAAGAAUGUGUCAGCGUGAAUGAUGUCAGAUAUAAUUUUCUACGGUUUGGCAAUGUCACAGAUAACGCAAUGCCACCAAACAGUGACAGUUUGAAGCUGCACAUCACCAGGGCAAAUUACCAGGCAAAGGUCUUCAGAAGCUGUCUUCUACAGCAUAUUUCAGCACCCUCUCCACUUGACAAUGGUUGGAAACAAAGCGAGAAAGGUUAAGGGAUCAAGUGGAACACGAUGCCUAUGGCUCAUGAUGACAUUCUCAACAGUAUCAAUUGCAAAUGCAGCAAGAGCUCAUGCAGUUCUUCUAAGUGUUCAUGCCAAAAGAAUGGUGUUGGCUGCACAGAUUUGUUUGGAUACUUUAACUGUCAAAAUCGAAAGGUGUCAGAUGCCGAUGCAGAUAACAGAAAUACAGACAUUGACUCCAGUGAUGAUGACUAAUGCUGUUGUUCAGUUCAGAAAAGUAUUCUGAUGACCUCAUACUUUCGGAUUGUACACUGCGGUAGUAAAAGCUUACCAUAUCUAUGGCAUACAUAGCAUAGUGUAAAUAAUAUUUCCUGUCAAAUAUCAGAACUGUCUGAUCAGAUUGACUGUACUGAUACAUCCAAAUCAUGUGUACUAAUGACUAAUACUUUCCUUUCAGUAGAUAUUUCAACUGUGUGAAUAAUGUUUCCUGUCAAAUAUCAGAACUGUCUGAUCAGAUUGACUGUACUGAUACAUCCAAAUCAUCAAAAUCAUGUGUAUUAAUGACUCAUACUUUCCAUUCUGUAGAUAUUUCAACUGUGUGAAUAAUGUUUCAUGUCGGAUAUGUUUUGUCUGAUCAAAGGUGUUUCAAGAAAGCUGAAACUUACAGGAAAUUUGGGCCGGUGGCUGUUCAAAUUCGAUAGUUUCAUGUGAUAUAUACAUGAAAUUUAUCUGCACUAUUUAUAUCAAUUACAUUUACGUAAUUACUGACAUCAAUUGCAUAGAUGAAUGUAAUGUAUGAUACUGUUUAUGUCAGUGAUUUAAAUGUUUCUUGGACAAUACAAUUAUGCAUUUUUCAUUCA